GAGGCACUUAAACCUCUUCCAGAAGUAUCUAGUCAUGAUGGACAACCAUAUGCCGCACCUUACAGAAUACGUACAGCGAUCUGAUAGCGACUCGAACAUAAACAAACAUGAGGCUGACUGUCACCGCGUGCCAGUCACGCCUACACGCAUAGUUUAGGACAAGGACACCUGACACAAGGCAACCUUGGUGCAGAGUCUGGAACUUAGGGCUACGUUCUAAGUCCAAGCAAAGGAAAGAUUAUUACCAAGAGACAUCACGUGGAAGCCUUCCAUACCAAGAAGCAUCACAAUGGAAAUAGCAACAGGAAAGGCUGGAGUGGAGCAGGCAGCAAAUGCAAUAGGAUGCAUGUCAGUUCAGCAGAGUGGGGAGGUGGCGGGGCGCAUGGUGGUCCAGCAGUGUCUCAGUGCAUCCCUCAAGCUGAAGAGAGCUGAGAAUGAGGCACCUGAGAUUGUUGAGAUUGGCCGUGGCAUGGUUGUCUUUGUGUGCUUCUUGGAGAAAGCAACAGAAGAGACAGUUGAUAAGUUGUCCAAACAUGUAACCAAUGUACGACUGUGUGAGAAUGACAGUGGCCGCCGUGUGUCAGUGUGUGAUGUGCAGGGUGAUGUUCUCAUUGUGCCUCAAGCAACUCUAGGUGGCAAGCUGAAGGGUAAAGCAAUGCAGUACCACAUGAAUAUUGAUAAGGUUUUUGGAGAAGCUCUUUACCAUAAGUUUUGUCACCAAGUACGGAGCAGUUCAGAAAAGGUUUCAAGUGGUAAUGUCAAGUGUGGAGUGUAUGGCACUAGGCAGGUCUUGAGUAUGGAUACCAAUGGGCCAUACACUCAUAUCGUAGAAGUGUAAAACUCCAUUUGUGCCAUGAAAAUGAUCUUCAGGUGGGUUUGGCCUUAUAUUCUCCAAUAUUAUCCUGACAAUGUGAUUGUUUUAUUCCAGGUUAUGUGCCAUAAGAUGGAAAGAAAUUAUCUUUGAUGUAAAUUAACCUUUGUUCAAAAGUUCAGAAUUUGUCAUGAAACCUCCAAGACAAGAGUGUAACCAAUAACUUAAAAUACAUUCCUAUAAGAUCCAGUGUUGUGAAAUAAAACAUAGAAGUGAA